AUGGCUCAGCUAUUCGCUCUUCCAGAUGGCCGCAAUCUCGAGUACCUUGUCUCCGGACCAAACCAUGGCUUUCCACUGGUCUGGAUUCACGGUACUCCUAGCUGUUACUUACAAACUCCAUGUCUCCCCGCUACUUCUGACAUGUUAGGAAUUAAGAUCAUCACCUUCUCGAAGCCCGGGUACGGUAGAUCAACCAGACAAGAGGGCAGGCGAGUCGUUGAUACCGUAGCCGACAUCCAGGCGCUACUUGCGCAUCUAAAAGUAGAGAAGUGUUGUGUUGGCGGUUGGAGCGGAGGAGGUGCGGAUGCUCUAGCUUGUGCAGCUCGACUACAAGGAUGCGUCGCCGUUUUAUCAAUCGCUGCCUUCGCGCCUUAUGAUGCAGGCGGCCUAGACUGGCUAGCAGACAAGGAGGAAGCUAGCGUUCGGGGAUUCAAAGCCGCGCUAGAAGGGGAAGAUGAGUUGCUAAAGCACAUUGGACCUGCACGAAUCGGAAUGGUGAAUACAGAUGUGUCUACUAUGCUAGAGGGUUUGUCAAAGUCUUUUCCUGAAGCUGAUCAGGAUGCGAUGCGCGAAAACCCAGGCAUGGCUCUCAACCUUGUUCAAUCGAUGCAAGAAGGUUUAAGGAACAAUUGCGACGGCUGGGUCGAUGAUAACAUGGCAAUGUUAGCACCGUGGGGCUUUGGACUCGCUGAGAUACAAGUGCCAGUAUUCCUCUAUCAAGGUGGAGUUGAUAAUACGGUACCGAAUGCUCACGGGAAGUGGCUCUCGAAUCACUUACCCCAAGGGAAACUUCAGACGCAUUUCUAUAAAGACCGGGGGCAUAUCUCUAUCUACCUCGGACAUGAGAAAAAUAUCAUCAGAGAGCUUUUAGAAGCUACAGAGCUAUAG